UGAAACUCAUAACAUUCUGACAAGGUAAAAAGCCCUUGGAUCAACAAUUAGUGUGGUGAGUAACCGAUCACAUCGAUCAUCGCCGACGUCACCCGCUCAGCCCUACUGCACGAUCGGGCGUCUCGUCUCCAUCUUUGCACCUCACGAACCCCUCUCACCUACUCGACCAUCCAACCAACUACUGAGACUCAUUUUUCAUUCGUUCAGACAUUAUCAGGCACACUAACUUUUCCAACGUGCGUGACAGAAUCAAAGCAAGAAUCAGCACCACCUCCUUCCCAUUCAUAAUCCAAUCGCCAUGGCAAACCGCCUGAUCCCGCUGGUCGUCCUCCUCAUCGUGGUCGUCGUGCUCGCAGUGAUUGGCUUCGUCGCAUAUAGCAUCAUUCAAGAAGUCUCAGACAAGACAAGGAGCAAGAUGGAGAAGCGGAACGUCAUGUUUACAAAAGACGGGAUGAAGGUUGGUGUUCGUGAGGUUGGGGAAGAGGAGUAUGUGGAUCGGAGUCAGAGUAUCCUCGUCAACAUUUGGAACCAUACUUCAUUCCCGGCGUACAAGAGCAGACUCUGGAAUAUGACGGGCUCUACUGGGUCUGCGAGCGGGACUGGGAAUGGCGAGUUCAGGGCUGAGCAUAGGAAGGGACGUUCCAAUUGACUAUCGAAACGUCUCCUGAGACAAAGGUGGUCUAAGACAUCGAUCUCGGUUGAAGGACUCCUGGGAGAGUCUUAAUAGGGUUAUAUAAGAAUCAGUGAUCCUAUACAUGGCUGCAGCACAGAGCUACUCUCACUCUUCUAGCAGUAACGAUUGACGAAUGAUGAAUCAGGUGAAGUCAUUCUUUGCUACCAGCUCCCAACUUUAUGUAUCGAGUAAGAGGGAUAGCUACAUACUACUCAUUUAUCAGAAAGC